GAUAGCAGACGUAACGCAGUGAACCUAGUGCAGCAGGCAACAGCACACACGUACUAAUCAAGCCACAAAGAAAUCCAGCGUUGUUUUCCCGCGCAAAUUUCUUCUCCUUUUUCUACUGGCACCGGCCUUGGUGAUUCCUGUUCCCGCCAAAAUGUAUGCCUCACCUCUGCUCCGGCUUAUCGUUCUAUCGCUCUGCGCUCUCCUGGUUGUCAGUCAAUUAGAUAUCGGAGACAGCGAUCUAACAGACACGGAAGGGGCAAGUAUUGGCUUCAUGGGCUUGUUGAACCGCGCCCGGCCACAGUACCUCAAGAUACUACAGGAGGGUCUCAGUAAACGCGCUCAGGCCGAGAUGAACGGCGCCUCCAACGCCGCCAAGAGGAGAUCCAGGAAAGACAAAUGCAUGGCCGACUUCUGGAAGGGCAGGGGCUUGGUCGACUGCUAAUCAUCACGCAAGAGAUAUACGAUCUAUUUAUAGCCAUCGUGCGAUCCGGUUUCAACCGGAUUGAAGCGGACCAAACCAGAAUACAGAGAGAUGGCUGUACCGGACUUUUUGGACUACAAAACUGGAACUUAAAUCGUAAUAUUCGGUCGGUGAGGGGCGACAAUCAUGGGAGAUAUAUUGUUUUUAUCGUGGUACGAUGUAAUUCUUCUCCAAAAGGAGAUUAGCCUGGAUCACCUGGGUCAUUUGUGAAAUCUAGGACUCACAAAGGACUUUGGUGAAUGUCGAGCAGGCCCUACCAUGCUGUAUGUAGAUGGUGUCACCGACACCAAUGCUUUCGGAUAGUAAAACGCCAGCAUUCUCUAGGGUGACCAACAAGCUAUAUUCAAAAGAAUCUUUCCCCCAAACUGCAAGUUUUCUAACCAGAGCAAACUGAUCUCAUUAGAAAAAGAAAACGAAUGUGGCAGAAAAAUGCGUCCUUCGUAAUCCACAGCUGGUUUUUUUGACGGUAUCCGUUCCCAACCAUAAUCAAAAUGUCCCACUUUGCACCCUUUAUGUAACAUAAGCACACGGACUUUUGUUCAGAACGCACAGCUGCAUUGGCCUUUAUUAGGCACCGUAGAUGUCAAGGAAAAAACUAUCGUUCCAAUUUCACGUGCGAAUGUUGAACGUGAAAUUGUUUACGAAAACCUCUUUCUGCUGCAUUUAUCUGAAUUGUCAUUUUGCUCAAUAAUUUUCCCUUAAUUAUAGUUAUCACAACCAUUUUGAUCUAACUGAAGGUUAUUACCAUCUUCCUAGAGAUUAAAUCAAUGUACAAUUUCGCCCAAUAUUAGAAUCAUCAUUUCCAUUUUUCAUCAAAACGACCCCUUGCAAUUUACAUGCAAAAGUAGAUUUAUGUAUUUAUGCUUCUUAAAAUGUGCAUUUCGGGACACUCAAAAAAAUUGUAAUAGAAGUUGUGUUUAUUUUAUUUCACAUGCAUUCUGAUUAAUCAGUACUGUCCUGUAAGGGUGUUAAAUAUUAUGGCAUUUUUCCCCCUGAUGGGGCGCCCUCCAGAGGAAGACGGACUCGAGAUUGUAUAUCGAUCUGGGGCGCCCUCUAGAGGAAGAGUGACUUUCGUAUUCAACCUUGUAUUGUACUGAGAAAUUUAAUGGAGGCACUGAUCAAUGGAGGAAACUGAUUUUACAUGUAACGUAAUUUGAAGUCAAAGUUACCCCGAUAUGGAUCAUAAAAGUUACACAGAGCCAAAGUUCUGAAUCACGUGACCCGGAAGUAGUCAAUUUCAUCAGAUUUGUUUUACUAAAACCUUUGACUAGUAAAAAUAUUCGAAUGGUUGCUUUCCCAAAUAUCUUAGAAAAUCGACCGCUGCGGUUAUGUCAGUAAAAUACCCAACUUUUACGUCUUGUUAUUCUUUUGUGUCUUCUUUUGGGAUCAUGUGACUGAACAAACAUGGCUGCCUCAUGAAAAGAAGACACAAAUCAUAUCAAACAGUUUCAAACGGUUUCUCCAAAUGGUACUGACUAUAGAAGAGUUUUUUUCCAAAGCGCGAUGUACGCCAUUUUUUUCCCAAUCCUUCUCUCUCCUGACUGCCCAAAAGCAAGUACUAUUUGACGGCUGUUGUAUAUUUAAACAACUUGAGAGUACAUUAAAGCGAAAAAUACACUUUAGAAACAGCCGUUGUACUAUUUUCUGUAGUGCAAAAUUUCAGCUUUUUCAAAAUGGACGUGUCGCGUUUUUGAAAUAAACUCUUCCGAUACAACCCAUAUUUUCAGCACCUUAUUUUGUCCAUUAAUUUGUAAAACUAUCACCUACUAAAUAUUAGAGAAAGAAAAAAAUACAUUUUUGCAGAUAGCACUGAGGCCGCUGUAGUUCCACAACGAUCUUCUAAUCAGUUCUGUCCGUUUGUUCAAUUCAUCUUGAAUUAUGAUGUAAAAUAGUUCUUGAAGUUACAAGAGUUUUAAGUAUUGUUUAACUGGACAAUCGAAUAUAUAGAUAAUAAGGGAUGUGUUUGUAAAAGUAUAGAACAAAACGGCGACAAUAAAAGAUGGAUUAGAUUAUGUUUGGCAUGAACUCA